AUGUUACUCAAUCGGUACAGCUUUCCAAGACGCUUAGGUGACAUGUCUAUACUUUUUGGAAUGAGUGAAAGCAAUGUAUCUGUAGUUUGCCGAGGAUUUGAGAGCAUUGUUAUGAACCAGAUUAAAUGGGGACUUCAAUUCAAUAUUAAGCAAUUUCGCCCGGAAAACUUGGAAAGGUUUGCAAGUGCAAUCUACGACAAAGGCGCAGCACUGCCAAACAUUGUUGGUUUCAUUGAUGGUACUAUGCAAGCAAUAUCAAGACCAAGCCAAGGUAAUGAAGUUCAAAAAGCUUUUUACAAUGAUUGGAAGCACAUGCAUGCUUUGAAGUACCAGUCUAUUGUUACUCCUGAUGGGAUCACAAGCAGCUUGCUUGGACCAUAUGUUGGCUCUAGACACGAUCAGUACAUAUAUACCAUGUCCAAAACAGAAGCAAGACUUAAUGAUUAUGCUUGCAAAAUAUCAUCGAUAUUUCUUAUUCAAACAAGAAAAAUCAAGAUAUUCGACUUACUAAAAACAGAUGUUUCAGAUGGUUUUGCAUAA